UCCACAUAAAGCAAAAACCAAAAAACUUUCUCAUGACUUUUUCUUUCACUAACCUCCUCUCCAACAACAUAAACAUAAACAUGGGCAAUAUUGACCAAGGAAACAACAACAACAAUACUAGCUUAAGCUGGGGAUUCUCGGACCAAAAUGGAAUCGAAAUUCCAAGGUUCAAGUCUCUUCAACCUCCUUCAUUUCCUCUUUCUCCUUCUCCUUUAUCUCCUUCUUCAUACUUGGCCAACACAACUCCUUUCAGCCCAACUGACUUCUUGAACUCUCCUAUUUUCCUCUCAGUUUCUAAUGCUCUUCCGUCUCCAACAACCGGGGCUUUUGCUAGUCAAACCUUUGACUGGCGGAGUAAUUCCAACGACAACAAGAAAGAAAUUGAGGAGGAAGAUAAUUUCUUCUCUGAUUUCUCAUUCCAACCCCAAACUGGCUCUGCUUCAACAACAUCGUCGUUUAACUUCCAAGCCUCUUCAAACACGGUUUCGGUGCAGGAACAAUCAAUGGAGAGGCAACAACAAGCAUGGGAUUUCAACGACAAAACCAAAAACCAAAACACUAGUUUCUCAAUACAGAAAUCAGAAGUGAAGACAGAAUACCCAACACAUCAGAAUAGUGUCGUUUCUUCAGAACCCCAGUAUGGUCAAUACGUGAGGGAGCAAAAAUCAGAUGACGGGUACAAUUGGAGGAAGUACGGACAAAAACAAGUGAAAGGAAGUGAAAAUCCACGUAGCUAUUACAAGUGUACAAAUCCUAAUUGCCCAAUGAAGAAGAAAGUUGAGAGGUCUUUAGAUGGCCAGAUCACUGAAAUUGUGUACAAAGGAAGUCACAACCAUCCUAAGCCUCAGUCCACUAGAAGAUCAAAUGGGGUUCAAACUUGUUCCCACACAAAUUCAGGAGUUAAUUCUGAUCACUCAGGACACACCAUGUCCAACGUGGUGCAUGAGGAUUCUUCGGACUCCAUUGGAGAGGUAGGUUUCAAUCGAAAUUCGCCUACCUUUAACUCCGGAGGAGAUUUCGAUGACAAUGAACCCGAAGCCAAAAGAUGGAAAGGAGAACAUGAAAAUGACGUGUUUUCAGCUUCUGGGAAUAGGACUGUGAAAGAACCUAGAGUUGUGGUGCAGACGACGAGUGAAAUUGAUAUUCUGGAUGAUGGGUAUAGAUGGAGGAAGUACGGACAGAAAGUAGUCAAGGGAAAUCCAAAUCCAAGGAGCUAUUAUAAGUGUACAUCGGUGGGAUGUCCAGUAAGAAAACACGUGGAGCGAGCAUCGCACGACACAAGGGCUGUGAUAACCACGUAUGAAGGAAAACACAACCAUGAUGUUCCCGCAGCCCGAGGCGGCAGCAGCUACGCCGUGAGCAGGCCCACACCUAAUAACACCACCAACGAAACCGUAACGAUGCCCCUUAGGCCCAUGCCUUUGGCCAAUCACUCUAACCAAUCAACUUAUUCGAGCUCCGUUUUGAACACAAGGUUGCCAAACUCAGUGGCUCAGCCACCCUACACCCUGCAAAUGCUGCAGGGUCAGGGGAGUCUUGGAUUUUCGGGGUUUGUAAAACCGGCCGGGAUGUAUGUUCAAGUUCAACAAUCUGAGCCCGAGGGCUUGUUCUUUAAGACCAAGGAAGAAAGAAAAAAGGAGCAGAAGGAUGGGACAUUUUUUGAUUCGUUUCUAGCUUAGAAUUACUUCUAACUCGUUGGACCAACUUAGGAUACAUCAAUUAGAAAUAUUUACAAGUUCCAAUGUAUAGUUACGUAGGCAGUUGUAUUAGAAUGUUUUAGGGUUUGCACACGUAGCCUGUUACAUUUUUUUUUUAUUCGUUUUAGAUCAUAGUAGACUAAAUUAGAAGUUUUUGAACAAUUGAGUUUUUCUUGUGAAACAAAGGAGAACAUAGAGUCACCAAAAAAAGAAAAAGGCUUAAACUGAUAGCAAAGUUCACAUGUUGUACUCAUUCUUGAUGAUGUCCUUCCAAUUUCACAGAAUAAAGUAUUAGAUUUCUCAA